AGAAUUGCUGAAGAAAACGGUUUCAACUGUUCACUUAAUCGAAGCCGAAACGCCGCCGGGUUGACUCCACCCCCGGACGUGGUCACACACGCCGAGGGGAGGCCCCAGUAGAGGAAUCCGACUGGGGCUAGACCCCAACAGGGUGACGCGGGGGAGACGUUCACCGCCCGCGCUGGGGCGUUUCUGCAGGGCUUCCCGCGAUUCAAAAUCUACGACUUACGCUUCGCCACGUCCCCCUCAGGAGAAUGUCAGGGACGGCGAGGGAAGGAAACGUCAGAAGUCCUCACGCGGCGAAAUUAAAGUCUGUCUCCCGCCUUCAACCCUCAAAGCCACAGUUUGCCUAAAGAGGGCAAAUCCACCGUAAGGUUUACAGCCCUGAAGACUCUACUUUUUCCCCCUCAUUUUUACCCCUGCAGUAAUAAAUUCCAUUUUGGAGACUCAGAAACUUUAUAAAGGGAUAUAGUUUGAAUUCUGUAGAGUGUAAUUUUGUGUAUGAAUUAUACUUUUAAAAUAUGAAGGGUUUUCAGAAAGAAGGCUAGUAGAUUUAAUUACUGGUUUAUUAUGCAUGAACAGUAAUUUUGUUGGUAAUACAGUACCUUAGGGAUUUGUGAUAACACUAGAAAGGACAAGCUGUAUCUUGAUAAAUUGAUUUACCUUUAAUUACAAAAUGAAUGAUAUUAUAGAUGCAUGAUUCUUAAAUGAAAGACAAGUUAUUUAAUAUUUUUGUAAGAAGUUUCAGCUGUGGAAAUUUUAUGGUUAACUAGUUUGUGGAGAAAAUACCUUCAUUUGAUCAAGUAUACUAAAGUGGUGUGCAAAGUUAGGAAGAAAGACAGCAUAAUAAUGAUGCUGCAGGAAAUGGAAACAAAUACAGACAAUAUUUAACAAAGACAGAAGAGUUAGCAGUUUGUGAGUUUUAAGCAAAAUUCAUUUCAUUUGACAUUGUGCACAGUGUAACAGGUUUAGGUUCAACAACGCUUGUAGGUGUUGACAUCUCCAACAGUUGUUAGCUGAAGCUAGUUUAACCUUCUUAAGUAAAUACUAUGAUGAUAAACUUUGUGAAAUUGGCCUUUAGAUAAUGUGACAAUAUGAAGACUUUAAUUCUUCUUGUUUGCUAGAAUAGAAGAAGAUUUAAAAAAUAUGUUAAAGUGCUCAUAGGGAAAGAAGCCUGCAUAUAGUUUUUUCCUCUUGUAGCAUAGUCAUUAAUUGGCUUGAUAUCCCGGCUUUGUAGCUUGUAACCAAAAGCAAAUUAAAGGCAUAAUUUAGGUAUUCUAUCCUUGUUUAGAAUUUUUGGAAUAUAAACCUCCUUGAAAAGUCAAGGAGUCUUAGCAUAUUUUUGGAGGUGUGUCAACUUCUUCCAGGCUCUUAGGUCAGUAUUACACCAAAUAAUGAGCAAAUAGCAUUUGAGUUAAUAUAAUCCCAGAGAGUAUUAAACAGUAUCUUGGUAAUUUAGGAGAGAUAUUCAUCCUACCUGAGUAUCAGGUCAGGUAUAAAUCCAGUAAAGAAGGUGUAGUGAAUUUUACAGAAGUAGGGGCUUAUCAUUUGAUUCUUUUUUAUGGUAAAAAUCUAAUGUGAAGGGAAGAGAAUUGUCAUGUGAAGGGUUUUAGCAGUCAAAAAGUAAAAUGACUCAUGCACAAAACUACCUCCCAAAGACUUUUCCCAGAUCCCUUGUAUCAAAAAAUUAAGAGUAUGAUGGAAGAUAGCACGAUCUUGUCAAAUUGGACAAUCGUCAACAAACAAAAAAUGAAAUAUGACUUUUCAUGUGAACUCUACCGAAUGUCUACAUAUUCAGCUUUCCCCGCCGGUGUUCCUGUCUCAGAAAGGAGUCUUGCUCGUGCUGGUUUUUAUUACACUGGUGUGAAUGACAAGGUCAAAUGCUUUUGUUGUGGCCUGAUGCUGGAUAACUGGAAACAAGGAGACAAUCCUAUUGAAAAGCAUAAACAACUAUAUCCUAGCUGUAGCUUUAUUCAGAAUCUAGUUUCUGUUACAAGUCUGGAAUCCACCUCUAAGAAUGUUUCUUCUCCAAUGAGAAACAGUUUUACACAUUCAUUAUUACCUACUUUGGAACAUAGUAGCUCGUUCAGUGGUUCUUAUUCCAACCUUUCACCAAACCCUGUUAAUUCUAGAGCAGUUGAAGACUCUUCCCCAAUGAGGACUAACCCCUACAGUUAUGCCAUGAGUACUGAAGAAGCGAGAUUUCUUACUUACCAGAUGUGGCCAUUAACCUUUUUGUCACCAUCAGAAUUGGCAAGAGCUGGCUUUUAUUAUAUAGGACCUGGAGAUAGAGUAGCCUGCUUUGCCUGUGGUGGGACUCUAAGUAACUGGGAACCAAAGGAUGAUGCUAUGUCAGAACACCGGAGACAUUUCCCCAACUGUCCAUUUUUGGAAAAUUCUCUGGAAACACUGAGGUUUAGUAUUUCAAAUUUGAGCAUGCAGACACAUGCAGCUCGACUGAGAACAUUUAUGUACUGGCCUUCAACUGUACCAGUUCAGCCUGAGCAGCUUGCAAGUGCUGGUUUCUAUUAUGUGGGUCGCAGUGAUGAUGUCAAAUGCUUUUGUUGUGAUGGUGGCUUAAGGUGUUGGGAAUCUGGAGAUGACCCAUGGGUUGAACACGCCAAGUGGUUUCCAAGGUGUGAGUUCUUGAUACGCAUGAAAGGGCAGGAGUUUGUUGAUGAGAUUCAAGCUAGGUAUCCUCAUCUUCUUGAACAGCUAUUGUCAACUUCAGAUACUCCUGGAGAUGAAAAUGCUGAUCCACCAAUUGUUCAUUUUGGACCUGGAGAAAGUUCUUCAGAUGAUGCAGUCAUGAUGAAUACACCUGUGGUUAAAGCUGCCUUGGAAAUGGGCUUUAGUAGAAGCCUGGUAAAGCAGACAAUUCAGAGUAAAAUACUAACAACUGGAGAGAAUUACAGAACAGUUAAUGAUAUUGUGUCAGCACUUCUUAAUGCUGAAGAUGAAAAAAGAGAAGAAGAGAAGGAAAGACAAACUGAAGAAACAGCAUCAGAUGAUUUGUCCUUGAUUCGGAGGAAUAGAAUGGCUCUCUUUCAACAGUUGACGUGUGUGCUUCCUAUCCUGGAUAAUCUUUUAAAGGCCAAUGUAAUUAAUAAACAGGAACAUGAUAUUAUUAAACAAAAAACACAGAUACCUUUGCAAGCAAGAGAACUGAUUGAUACCGUUUUAGUUAAAGGAAAUGGUGCUGCCAACAUCUUCAAGAACUGUCUUAAAGAAAUUGACUCUACAUUAUAUAAGAACUUAUUUGUGGAAAAGAAUAUGAAGUAUAUUCCAACAGAAGAUGUUUCAGGUCUGUCACUGGAAGAACAAUUGAGAAGGUUGCAAGAAGAAAGAACUUGUAAAGUGUGUAUGGACAAAGAAGUUUCUAUUGUAUUCAUUCCUUGCGGUCAUCUGGUAGUAUGCCAGGAAUGUGCCCCUUCUCUAAGAAAAUGCCCUAUUUGCAGGGGUAUAAUUAAGGGUACUGUUCGUACAUUUCUCUCAUAAAAGAAAAAUAGGCUAUAUGUUGCCUAUAUAUAAAAGUCUUUAAAAUAUUGUUUGAACAUUUGAAGCUAUCUGAAGUAAAAAAGGAAUUAUUGGUUCUUUAAUUAGUAACAUUUUUGUUCUACUCUGCUUUCUUUGGUACUAGUAAUCUUGUUUCCAAAAGAAUAUCAUAUAUAAUAUUUAAUCUUAACCUCUGUUUAUAUGAAAGGUAAGAUUUAUGUUUGAGCUAUAUUAGUGUACAUGUAUGAACACAGGAGGAGUUAAAGGAGC